GCGAACCCAGCCCUGCCGGACACCGGGCAUCACACAACGACUAUCUCCGGCCUCCGCCCAGCUUGUCGUGAGUCCUGGGCGGUGGACUUCUGAGCGCCUUGGCCUCCCCAGGGUGAGCUCCCCACGCUCCCAGCCCUCUGGGCCGCCGCGAUGCUGCCCUGGAGACGGAACAAAUUCGUGCUGGUGGAGGACGAGGCCAAGCGCAAGGCGAAGAGCCUGAGCCCCGGGCUCGCUUACACGUCGCUGCUCUCCAGCUUCCUGCGCUCCUGCCCGGACCUGCUACCGGACUGGCCCCUGGAGCGUCUGGGCCGCGUGUUCCGCAGCCGGCGCCAGAAAGUAGAGCUUAACAAGGAGGACCCCACCUACACCGUGUGGUACCUGGGCAACGCUGUCACUCUGCACGCCAAGGGCGACGGCUGCACCGACGACGCCGUGGGCAGGAUCUGGGCUCGCUGCGGGCCGGGAGGGGGCACGAAGAUGAAACUGACGCUGGGCCCUCACGGCAUCCGCAUGCAGCCGAGCGAGCGGGGCGCCGGGGGCACGGGGGGUCGCAGGCCGGCGCACGCCUACCUGCUGCCGCGCAUCACCUACUGCGCGGCGGACGGGCGCCACCCGCGCGUCUUCGCCUGGGUCUACCGCCACCAGGCGCGCCACAAGGCCGUGGUGCUGCGCUGCCACGCCGUGCUGCUGGCGCGGGCUCACAAGGCGCGCUCCCUGGCCCGCCUGCUCCGCCAGACCGCGCUGGCGGCCUUCAGCGACUUCAAGCGGCUGCAGCGGCAGAGCGACGCGCGCCACGUGCGCCAGCAGCACCUCCGCGCGGGGGGCGCCGCCGCCUCGGUACCCCGCGCCCCAUUGCGCCGCCUGCUUAACGCCAAGUGUGCCUACCGACCUCCGCCGGGCGAGCGCGGCCGUGGGGCUCCGCGUCUCAGCAGCAUCCAGGAGGAGGACGAGGAGGACGAUGCGGAGGAGGAGGACUCCCGGGACAGUGAGGGAGGAGCCCUGCAGCACGAGCGGUCCGAGGUGCUGAGCCUGGCCCGGGAGCUGAGGACGUGCAGCCUACGGGGCGCCCCGGCGCCUCCGCCACCGGCGCAGCCGGGUCAGUGGAAGGCCGGCUCCAGGGAGCGGGCGGGCCAGGCACGCUGAGAGCGCAGGGCUAGGACUCGGGCCCUAGACCCGGCCCAGCAGACUGACCAGGACUUUAACCCGGCUCUGCCCGCUUCAGCCUUCCUGGUCCCCGGCCUGCCGCCCUCACGGUGUAUGUAGUGGUCGCCUUGCUCCUCAUCCUGGCUCUGGGUGAAGCCGGAUAUGCCCUUGAUUACUAGGGGUGGAGGGGAGUCCACACACCCCCUUCUGGGAGUUUCCCUGGCCCUCCACUGUGGAAUUGCCCCCAUGCUUUAUGCCAGGUCUCUGCCUACAGACCAACUUGCUCUCUUCCAAAACAGCAUCUCAGGAGAAAGGGGGAAAUAUUUGCGGAAACCCUAGAGGGUGGGUUUGAACACAGGACCCCGUCUAAGGGAGGAGUAAUGGCCCUGCCCUUGGUCUCUUAUUCUCUGUGGUAAGAACCUGGAGAGA